AUGAAUAUUUCAACAUCUACAUUUCAAACAUCUAGAAGAAGAUUAAAGAAAGUGGAAGAAGAGGAGAAUGCCACAACAUUGCAAUUAGGGCAUGAGUUUCAAUUAAAACAAAUUAAUCACCAGGGUGAAGAGGAAGAAUUAAUUGCUUUAAAUUUAAGUGAAACUAGAUUAUUAAUUAAAGAAGCCUUAAUUAGCCGUAGAAGAGCAUUCAGAAAGGCACAACGUUCACAAAUAAAAAAGAAAGCAAAUCUGAGUAAUUCUACAACAGAAAACGGUGGUGAUACUACAGCUGUAGAAGAUGAAGAUGAAGAUGAGGAGGACGAUGAAGAUGAAUUUAUGAGAAAUGAGACUAGAGAAAAGGAACUAGAAUCUUUGGACACAUUAUUAGAACAAACAACAACGGGAAACAAUAAAGAUUUGAAAAAUACUAUGGAAUAUUUAACCAAUUUUUCAAGAUUUAGGGAUCAGGAAACUGUAAGUGCAGUUAUACAACUAUUAAAAAGUACAGGUUUACAUCCCUUUGAAAUUGCUCAAUUAGGUUCACUUGCAUGUGAUACUGCAGAUGAGGCGAAAACAUUAAUUCCAAGUUUAAAUAACAAAAUAUCAGAUGACGAGCUAGAAAGAAUAUUAAAAGAAUUAUCAAAUUUGGAAACAUUGUAUUGA